AUCUGUAAUUAAAAAAACAAUUAUAUAAACAUGCAACAAUCUGCAGAUAAAUUCCACGUUGUUUUUAAAUUAAAAUCUUAGAACUGUUCAUUAAAACAAUUAAAACUUUUGUUGAAGCAUUUUUUUGCACGUAAUUGGGUAAUUGCGCAAGUGCUUGUUCUUCGUCGACGUAUUAACUCCUUAAUCAGACAAUCGAGGAAAAUGGAUGCAACUACAUAACAGGUGGCUGACAGCGGGGCAGAAUUGUUCAUGUCAUUAUCUAUCAGCGGGCGCUGCCCACACUCUUUUCCGCUCGAAGAUUUUAACGUCUGAUUUUUCCGCUCGCAGAAAGAAAACAGAAGAGCCGGGACGUGACAUCGGUAAUGCGUUUAGCCGGUUCCCUGCCAAUCAUCGGAGCGUAACAUCGCGGAAUAUUGAGCGACCGGCGGCGGAGGCGUUUGCAGAGAGAAGAAAGAAAAUUGUUUAUCAGUGCGCGCGGCGGUACAUGAAUUAAAAUUCAGUACCACCUCCCUUCCCGAGCAGCUUUUCCAACUGGGGGAUGAACAAUGUUGGUCGUCGUAUAAAAACGCGCGUUCCGCGCGUACCUUACAUUCCACCGUCGAUUUUUCCAGCGUCCUGUGCACGCAGGUAAGUGCUGAUGCGAGAUGUUCCGAUAGCAUCGAGUGUCCUUUUACCUUUUAAUUUCACAGUAGACACUUUCGUUCCGCGGUUUCUGUCACAGACCUCUCCGACGAUCAUAUUAUCGUUUGCUUUUACUUGCGUUGGACGGUAAAAAGUGAAUCAUCUUCGAGCGAAAAGACAUGUUCAAAAUUUGGAGCAAGUGCUGUGAAAACAAUCAGAUUUCGAUUCAUCAGUUUAGUUGCAUUAUCAAUAUAUAUUAUAUUUAACAGCCAUUAUAUUUGAAUUAACAGCUCAUCGAUUUAUUCGAUCUCUUUUAGAAGAGGAUUUUUAUGUGUACGCAUGAUAAUACAUUUAUGUUCUUACUCAACGCAUAUCACAAACAAUUGGCAACAUAUGUAUUGACAAAGAUCUGCGUAAAACGAAAAAUUGGCAAAUAUGAUUGCAGACAUGAAUCUGACUCUCGCGCUGUCUUGCAUGAUCGCAAUCAUGUGGCUGUUCUGUGGAAGAUGUAAAGCAGCUCCGGGAUUAAUUACCGGUAUGCACCGCAAUUUAAGGAACCAUCCACAUAUUCACGGAUACACCGUGGAAGGCCUCGUGAAGGAUCUCGUGGAGGACCUCGUCGGCGAGGAUGAGGACAGUCUGCGACUCAGUAAACGCCAGCAGCUGGACGAUUACGGUCACAUGAGAUUCGGCAAGCGAUCCAACGGCGAAGACGAGGAGUACGGACAUCCGCGAUUCGGCAGAAAUAUUGAGUAAAACGCCACCACGCCGGAUUCCUCUAGAUCGUAGAUCGUGAUCGUGCACACAUUUGUGCAAGAUGUAGAUAGAAUAUAUUUUACAUUGCAGCUAUUACAAUCGUGUCUCGUUAUUUUACCUUCUCCAGUUUUUCUUUACGCUGCGAAUUAAUCUGUGUUUCCUGAAAUUACGCUUACAAUUUUAUCGUAAUUACUUCGGAUUAUUUUGUAACCAUGUCGCUAUACUCCCUUAGAAAGAUAAUUACAAUUGACGAAAUUAUAAACCAUUCAAUUUUCUUCGUGUGUUAAGAUGCAUUAAAACGCGCUAACGUGCAAAAAUAAAAUCAGUUCUCGAUUUGUUAAAAAUAUCGAAGUGUUGUGUUAAUUCUCAAAUAUCUUAGUUUUAUGAAUAAAGAGAAAAUCAUUGCGUUCA